CUUUUGAAAUAUCUUAUCGUAUAGUUGAUUAUCAACAAUAUUAUACAAGUGUAGAAUCUGCACAAACAAAUAAACAAAAAUGACAGCAAAUUCAGUAUUUCUUGUUAUGGUUGGUGGACAGAUUGAGUCAGGAGAGUUCCCAGGCUUUGAUGAUAUUUACUGUAAAUACUGCUUACACUAUGGUCCAGAUUGGUUAAUAACUUCUGGCUUAGAAGAUGGUAUUACACAGAUGACAAAGAAAAGUAGAGAUGAACGACAACAGUUUGUAUGGAAUUUCCCUUUAGAUGUCACAUUUAAAAGUACAAAUCCACAUGGUUGGCCGCAGUUAAUAGUUCAUGCCUAUGGUAUUGAUUUCUUUGGAAAUGAUGUUGUAAGAGGGUAUGGAGUGUGUCAUGUGCCUAUCACACCUGGAAAUCACAAACUGAGGUUGCCAAUGUUUGUACCAGAAUCAACAUCAAUGUUACAAAAGUUUAGAGCUUGGACAUUUGGAACACGACCAGAAUAUGUAGAUGUCAAAGUUUUAGGCCAAGGUGAAGGGAGAGAAGUGACCAGAGUUCGAUCACAAGGAUUUAUUACAGUUUCAUUUAAUGUUGUGAUGAAAGACAUGAAAAAAUUAGGCUAUGAUGUAAUACCAUCUGAAGUUUCUACGACAGUCAUACCUGAAAAUGUUGGGAUGAAAACACAGGAAGUGUCUUAGAAUUGUUUAGUUAUUUCCGACUUAUGUACACAUUCAUUGUAUAAAGACAUUAAUUUAUAUAUUUUAUACAUAUAAUAAAUUGUAAGUUGUAGAUUUUAAAUACUCAUAUAUAUGAAAAAAAUAUUCUUCCAAAAUAUUCAGAAAUAUAUGUGAAUGCUUUUAUACAUUGGUCAGAUUUAAAUCUUGUAUUCUAAACACAGAAUUGUUUUAGUGUGAUAAUCAAAGCUUCAUUGGUGCUGUGAAGCAGCCAAUAUGAAUUGAACAUCUAUGCAUUUAAAUUAUUACAUUAGGUCAUUUCUUAACAAAUGUUUUAUUAAAAAGUAGUUUAUGGAAAUGAAGAGAAGAAAUACUUUGUAUAAAUUUAUGAUACAAAAUCGAUACACGCACAUGAAAAAAUACCAAAAAGCAAAGACACAGCGCUUUCAUUGCUGUUCUUCAUCUCAAAAUCACAGUGUGGCCUUCAACAUGUAGCAAACACUCUCUCCUUGCUGCAAGUUAAACAAGAGGCAUUUAGUACAGGUUUGAGUGGAAUGCAUUGCUAGAUGGCAAUCAAGCUACAUAUGUGCAUUGAAAAACACAACUGAAAUGUCAACAAAUUUUAAAUUAUAUGGGGCAAAGAAAGUGCUCUUUUCACUUACAGGUACUGAAAGGGAUAAAAAUAUGCAUGAUACUUGGUUAAGAUGCCUUUUACAUUUGUAUAUAUUGUUCUAGAAAACUUCUGCAAUUUGAAUGAAGCAUAUAAUUAACAUUAUAGUAAACUUUGGUUCAAGGGUCAAGUGAGCUAUCCUCAUCACUUGGCGUUCGUUGUCCAUCGUCGUUCUCCGUCAACAGUAAAUUUCUACAAAAGUAUUCGCCUCUGAAACUACUAGGCCAAUUGGAUCCAACUUGGCCACAAUCAUUAUUGUGGUAUCUUGUUUAAAACACAUAUCCGAUGAUCCUACCUGCUAACCAACAUGGCCGACAUGGCUAAAAAUAGUCUAUAAGGGGUAAAUACAAGUUUGGCUAAGAUUAGAAAGAGAAAAAUAACAGGAUAAGAAUGAUCAGACUAUUGAGAUCUACCAAUUGUCCAUUUACUUUAAAAUUGUCAGAUGACUUACUAUAGGAGUUAUUGCCCUUAAAUGACCAAAUUUACAAUAUAUUUUUUUUCCUUUUUGCCUAUACUCUUGAAAACAAUAAUAGAUACAGAGAAACUUCAAAUUGCAAAAAUAAUCAGCAAGACAACAUCUACCAUAUAGUCAUCAUAGCCGAAAUUGUCAAUCGACUCUUUUUACAAAUUUUUUGCGGUAUUGACUUUUAUUAGCCAACCUAGCCCAAACGGCCAAGUUAGCUUUUCUCAUCACUUGGCGUCCUUCGUCGUCGUCCAUUAACUUUUACAAAAAUCUUCUAUUCUGAAACUACUGGGCCAAGUUUAACCAAACUUGGCCACAAUCAUCAUUGGGAUAUCUAGUCUCAUGACCCAGUCUGCCAACCAACAUGGGCAACAUGGCUAAAAAUAGAACAUAGGGAUAAAUGCAAGUUAUGUCUAUUAUCUAAAAACCACUAUAGAUAGAAAACAUCUGAAGUGGCAAAAAUGUUCAGAAUAAUGAGAUAUACCUAUUGUUAAUUUACAUCAAAACUGUCAGGCGAUUUCUUUUAGUAGUUGUUGCUGUGAAUGACGAUUUUUUUUCAAUUUUUUCAUUUUUGCCUAUUUUUUUUAGAUAGAGAGAAACUUUAUACAUCAAAAAUGAUCAGCAAAACAAGAUUUACAAAUAAGUCAACAUUUCCGAAAUAAUCCGACAACUCCUUAUAGGAGUUAUUACUGACCACUUUUCCCAAUAUUAUGCGUUUUUGCCUUAUAUCUUAAAGAUUAAAAUAGGUAGAUAGAAAUUUAAAUGAACAAAAAUGAUCAGCAAGACAAGAUCUACCAAUAAGUUAAGAUGAUCGAAAUCGUCAGUCGACUCCUUAUUUGAGAAUUGGUCUUUUAUGACGAUUUUUACCAUGUUUUUUUUUGAAGUUUUUGCCUAUUAUCUUGAAAAUAUAAAAGAAAGAUUGACACUUUAAAUAACAAAAAUAAUCAGCAAGACAAGAUCUACAUAUAUAUUGUAGCUCAUACAUUGCCGGAAUCAUCCGUAGACUCUUUAUAGGAGUGAUUGUCAUAAAAAGACGACUUUUUUUUUUAAAUUUUUGUUUUUUGGGCAAAAACUAAAGAUAGACAAAAGUUUUAAACGGAAAAAAAUAAUCAGCAAUAAAAGAUCAACAAAAAAGAGGAUUCUAUUCUAAUCCAUAAUGUUGGAGAGUGUCCAUUGUUAAGAUGCACAUUGACCUAGGGAGCGACACAUGCUUUAGAGCCUCUAGUUUGAAAACUAUCAUAUAUAUAUAGAGAAAUUUUAAAUAAUGAAAAUGAUCCACAAGACCAGAUCUUCAAAUAAGUAAAUAUUGCCGAAAUCGUUGGACAAUGUUUAUAGACACAAGUGCCCUUAAUGACGAUUUUUGCGUUUUUGCCUAUUAUCUUGAAAACUAUAAUAGAUAGAAUGAAUUACAGCAGAACAAGAUUUACAAACAUGUCAAUACGGCCGAAAUUGUCAGUCAACUUUUAAUAGGAGUUAUUGCCCUUAAAUUAUGAUUUUUGUCUACGGCGGCGGCGUAAAUUAUUUCUAAAAAUAUAUAUAUUUCAGAAGGUAGAUAACUUUGGAUGGUUCAUACCUUGUAUGCAUAUACCUUAUGUUACGAAGUGUCCGUCUGUCAUAUGUUCAUUGUCCUCAUCCUCAUUUUCAUUUUCAUGGUUCAGCGACUGCUUGAGAUAUUUUUGUUUUUUUUGUGUUUUGUUCUGUUUUUCAAAUACAAUAAGCAAUAGGUCAAAUAUAUUUAGUGUAUGACAUGGUUGUAAGGUGUACAUGUCUGUCUGGCAGUUAUCACUUUGACCUCGUUUUCAUGGUUCAUUGGUCAAUGUUAAAGUUUUUGAGUUUUGUUCUGUUUUUCAAAUACUAUAAGCAAUAGGUCAACUAUACUUGGUGUAUGGAAUAUUAAUAAGGUGUACAUGUCUGUCUGACAGGAUUUAUCUGACCCUGACCUCAUUGUCAUGGAUAUUUAAAAAUGUUAAGUUUUUGUGAUACUUGUAGUUAAACCUUUAUCUUUAAGACUUUUAAGUUUUAACAUAAAAUCAAUGGUCAGUAAAGCAUGCGAGACAUUUCAAUGUGUGCACCCCUGUUACCUAUUUUUUUUCUAUAUUUUGGCGUAAACUUUGACGGAUAAAGAAAAAUAGAUUGACUGAUUGGUGUUUGCUUUAAAAAAAAAUGAUCAGCAAGAUCUACAAAUAAGUCAACAUAGCCGAUAUUGUCUGUCGACUACUUAUAGGAGUAAUUGCACUUAAAUGAAAGGCCAUGUGAGCUUUUGCCAUAUCUUUGCGUCAGUCAUGGUCGUCUGUCGUCCAUGCAUCAUCGUAAACUCUAAAAAAAAAACUUCUCAGAAACUACUGGGCCAAAUGUAACCAAACUUAAACUGAAUAUUCCAUAGGGAAUCUAGUUUACCAAGGACUUGAUCCAUCAACAAACAAGGCCGAUGUCGCAAAAAAGGACAUAUGGGAUAAAUGCAGUUUUUGGCUUAUAUCUCAACCAUUAAAGCAGAUAGAGCAAAUCUGACUAUUCAAAUCAUCAAUAGGUUAAUGUCUAUUUCCUGCAGAAUGUCUAGAAAAAUCUGAUAUUCCGUUUUGGCGUUAUUUAACAUAAAAUGUCAUUUUUUUGUAAAUUUCAAAGCUUUUUUGGCUUAUUUCUCAAAAUCUUAAGCAGUUUGAGCAAAUCUGACAUAGGGUAGAAUUAAUCAGUAGGACAAUGUCUCUCUCCUUCUAAAAUUUCAGAAAAAUCGCACGACCCGUUUACGAGUUAUUGCCCUUGAAAUGUUUUUUUUUUUUUUUGUCAAUUACGCAGUUUUUGAUUACUUCUAUUUUCUUGAAACAGAUGGAGAGACCAGAACAAGACCUAAAAUAAGUCAACUUGGCAUAAAUAGUCAAAAACGACCUUUUCUUAAAAUUGUAUAAAAAAAUUAGUAAAAAGAUACCUACUUUAUAAAAAUGUCUAUCUUUAAUUUUUGAACCCGCACAGACAAACUUUUUUAAAUUGUAUAUUAACGAAAAGACAAUAUUUCUAUAUUGAACGUUCACGUGACAAGAGCAGACCGGUGUAUUCGAAAACUUACCUUUUGGCUAAUAUGGCCGUAUUUACACCAGACAUUUUAAUGGUGAGUACAGACAAACCUGUGCACCUAGAAAAGUUUUAAGGCAUGGGAGGAAAUGGAACAUUAAAUUCUGAAUGCAUAUUGUGUUCCAGAAAAUUAUAAACUUCUCUGGAUUUUGAGAUUCCUUUUUAGCUCAUCUGGCCGAAAGGCCAAGUGGGCUUUUCUCAUCACUUGGCGUCCGUCGUCGUCGUCGUUAACUUUUACAAAAAUCUUCUCUAAAACUACUUGGCCAAAUUUAACCAAACUUUACCACAAUCAUUAUUGUGGUAUCUAGUUUAAAAAAUGUGUCCAAUGACCCCGCCAGCCAACCAAGAUGGCCGACAUGGCUAAAAAUAGAACAUAGGGGUAAAAUACAAGUUUUGCCUAUUAUUUUGAAAACCGCUAUAAAUAGAGAAAAUCUGUUGAGCUCUACCUGUUGUUCAUACACGUAAAAAAUGUCAAAGGACUUCUUAUAGGAGUUAUUGCCCUGAAAAGAUGAAUUUUGCCAUUUUAAUAUUUGUUUGCCUAUUAUCUCGAAAAUUAUAAUAGAUAGAAAUAAACUUUAAAACGCAAAAAUUAUCAGCAAGACGAGAUCUGCAAAUAAUUCUCACAUGCAGAAAUCUUCAGUUGACUCCUUAUUAGAGUUAUUGCCCUAUAAUGACGAUUUUUACCAUUUUUUUUGCGUUUUAGCCUAAUAUCUUAAAAAAACUAUAUUAGAUAGAUAGAAACUGUAAAUAUCAAAAAUGAUCAGCAAGACAAGAUCUACAAAUAAGCCUAAUGGUCGAAAUCUUAAGUCGACUCGUUAUUAGAGAUAUUGGCCUUUAAGGAUAAUUUUCCGAUUUUUGCCUAAUAUCUUGAAAAUAGAUAGAAACUUUAAAUAGAACAAAUGAUCAACAAGACAAGAUCCACAAAUACGCCAAAAUGGCAGAAAUCUGCAGUCGACUCGUUAUUGGAGUUAUUGUUCUUGGAAGAUUUUUUUUUUUUUUUGUAUUUUUUGCCUUUUAUCUUGAAAACUAUAAAAGAUAAAUAGAAACUUUAAUUAGGAAAAUUAUCAGCAGGAUAAGAUCUACAAAUAUGUCAACAUGACUGAAAUUGUCAGUUUAAUAUAUUUAAAUAGAGUCAUUCCCCUUUAAUGAUGAUUUUUUAAAAGUGGCUAUUGUUGAAGAUGCAGGUGAGCGACACAGGCUCUUUAGAGCCUCUAGUUUGCGUUCCCACAGUAGGUGUCAAAAUAAACUAAAUUUGUAAAAAUGUUUGAGAUGUUCCCCUAUGGAAAUAAUUGUAGUGAGUUGUGUUGAUUAACUGGACAAUAGAUUGACAAUAGAUGUCUGCACAACAAUAGGUGAUUUAAACUGUGUAAAUGAGUGGACCAUAUCAAAUGAAACUCGGGUGCUUGUUUAUUUUAUUACCUUCUGCAGGCUUAAACUAGAGGCUCCAAGAAGCCUGUGUCGCUCACCUGAUAUUUUUGUUUACAAUUGAUACAUGAAACAAUUAAUGCAACAAUAAUACUUUUUUUUAAAGGAAACUGUUGACCAAAAUCUAAUCGUUCCUAUGAAUUUAACUGCUUUCAACCCGUUUAUCAUUUAAAGUUUUCAAGGUUAAAACACACAUUUUAAGUAUACCGUGCUCCUGUCUCAUGGACAUAUAUUUUUAUAUAUUUUUUGUAUAUCAUUACUGGUAAAGGAUCAUCAAGGGAACUUUAAUUGAUUUUGCCAUGUUUAUUAGAAGUUUUUCAAAUGGUUGUCACAGCAAAGUUACUGAUCAUUAUGGCGACUGAAAACAGAAUUGUGUCAAUCUUUUUGUAGAUUUUUUUCCUGGACCCAAGAUUAGCAUCUUUUAAGAGUGUUGACCUGACUUUUGAAUUAAGAUUCAAAAUGCAUAGGUAUUACUUUAAUCGAACAAGGAGAGCCACAGAGAACUCAUCAAAUAGAGACAUCCUUUAUAGUAGUUCUAACAUGUGUGAAGCUGCCAAUAUGUUUGUCAUUUUUAAGUUGUGACCAUGUUUGUCUAUGACUCAUUGUUUUUUUUCUUCUUGACUGGAUGUUUCGUUUUUAUCUUUUCCAAAACUGAAUGGAGUGAGAAAAAUAAUAAAAGAUAUCAAAUUUAA